AGUGAGACCUGACAACACUCGGAGACUCAGUACUCUCCACUCUCUCUGUACAAAGAGUGCAAACAGUGUUUUAUCUCUAGCCUCCAUAAGGGACCACAGCAAGGAGAACAGCCAUGCUAGGAGGCACCUACACUGGGUUGGUGACUACAGCAGCCCUCCUCUGCCUGCUACAGGCAGGAACCAACGCAAGCAUUGAAGGUGACAGCUCAUCAGUUACCAGGACAGAUGCAGGGACCUGUACUGUCCACAGCAACCCCCACUACAGCACCUUUGACGGGGCCAACUUCCGCUUCGUGGGACCCUGUACCUACGUCCUGACCCGGGUGUGCGCGCCCUCUGAGACACCCCUGUCCCACUUCAGUGUGGAGGUGAAGAAUGAGCUGAGAGGGAACUCCUCCGUGUCUGCUGUUCAGCAGGUCAAGGUGGAAGUGGAGAACCUCAGGGUCUCCCUGCACAAGAGACAAAACCACCGGGUCAUGGUCAAUGGCAUUUGGAGGAAACUCCCUCUGAGCCUCAAUGGCGGCACUGUCAACAUCCAAGGCAACGCCGCUUCCGUCACUGUGGAGACAAACUUCAACCUUUUUGUAUCCUACGACGACGCUGGUGCUGUUCAUAUCACCGUUCCCGUAUCGUACUCCGGUAAAGUCUGUGGCCUGUGUGGGAACUUCAACCACCUGAGAGACGAUGAUUACCAAACACCUGGCAGUUCCGAGGCUGAAGACUCUGCCACAUUCGGACAGAACUGGCAGAGCGAGGCCUGUGACUUGACCGUCCUCCCCCUUGAGUGUCAACCAACUGAGGAGGCGGAGUAUGCCAGCGAGCCAUACUGUGGGUCCCUGGUCUCCAGGCAUGGGCCUUUCUCUGGCUGCCAGUCUGUUCUGGGAGCAGAGACCUACUUCCGGAGCUGUGUGGCGGAGAUGUGUGGAGCAGAUGGUGACCCAGAGGUCCUGUGUGAAGCCCUGCAGUCCUACUCAGAUAUGUGUCUCAAGGCCGGGGUGCUCGUACCAGCCUGGAGGACCUCGACUAUGUGUCCCCUGAAGUGUGGUGCUAACAGCCACUACAAUGCCUGUGCUAAGGGCUGCCCUGAGGUCUGCUCCAGCAUGGAUAAUCAAGGGGCAUGUGGGAGGUGUGAGGAGAGGUGUGUGUGUGACCCAGGCUUCAAGCUCAGCGGGGGAAGUUGUGUACCUGCAGAGGACUGCGGCUGCUGGAUAAAGGGAGAACACUAUGAAAGAGGAGAGACAUUCAUGGAAGGUGAGUGUAAUUGUGUGUGCCAGUGUAUGGGUGGGGACAGACUCCAGUGUGCUGCUUCCUCCUGCGCGGCCGACGAGGUGUGCAAGGUCAAGGAGGGGGUCAACGGUUGCUUCCUCUCCAGCCCGGCCACCUGCCACGUCUACGGAGACCCCCACUACAUCACCUUCGACGGCAAGGCAUACACCUUCCAGGGGGGCUGCAGCUAUAACUUGGCCAAGACUUGCGGCGGGGACACACCCAUCCAGUUCUCAGUGACGGGCCAGAACUGGAACCCCAGAAACGAGAGCAGUGCCAAGCUGGGCGCAGUGGUUCUGGAGACAAGCGGUCUGCAUUUGAAGAUGCAAAACUACAGUGCCACAGUGAACCAUGUUUGGCAGCAUCUUCCUGUUACAGUAAAUGGCACAUACGGCGAGGUGAAGCUGUACAAGAAGAAGCAGUACACUGUCAUGGAGACGACCUUUGGCCUUCGGAUGCUGCUGGACGACCAGAGCAGGCUUUUCCUGCAGCUGGACGAGCGCUACAAGGGUAAGAUGUGCGGCCUUUGUGGUACCUACUCCGAUGACCAGGGGGAUGACUUCAUGACCCCUAACGGCACCAAACCCGAGACCAACGUGGUCACAUUCGCUAACAGCUGGAGAGUGAAUAGUCCGGAAGACGAUCGAUGUGUUGCCUCCCCCCCUGCCCCCCAACCAUGUGACUCUCAUUUGGACGAACAGGGCUACCGGGAGUGUUCCAAACUGCUGCGCGAAGCCUUCAAGCUCUGCCACCCCUUCGUCCACCCCACACCCUACAUCGACAGCUGUAUGUCCGACCACUGUGCCUCCGGGGGGAACAUACUUGUGACAUGUGACUCCCUGAGGUCCUAUGUGACCACCUGCGAAGUGGCCAAUGUGACCCUGCCUCCUUGGUGGAACGACACCGCCUGUGAUAGUCUCCCUGGCCCUCCCACGAUACCACCAACACCUGACAAGGAACUUUGUCCUCUAGACUGCAACUUUGACAAGAGCGAGUGUGGGUGGGAGCAAAUUAUUCAGGACAGUUUUGAUUGGAGGAGACUGAGAGGCCCAACCCCAUCUGACCUCACAGGGCCAACCCAAGACCAUACCACAGGAGGUGGCUCCUACAUGUACAUUGAGGGUGACGGUGUUUACCACGGAGACUCUGCCCGUAUGAUGAGCCCUAAAUGCCAAAACGGGCCAGGCAAAUACUGCCUGCGCUUCUGGUACCACAUGUACGGACAGGCCACAGCCAUGGCUCUCAAUGUCUACCAGCUUGACCAGCACAACAGAAACAAAAAACUGUGGUCCAAAGCCAACAACCAGGGCUCCACAUGGUAUCCGGCAGAAGUGGAUAUUAUAAUCGAUGGGUCAUUCAAGAUCAUCAUGGAGGGAAUACGAGGCUCUGACCCUCGGUCUGAUGUGGCAUUUGAUGACGUCUCCAUCCACUAUGAAUCAUGCUCAGGUUCUUCGAUUGGUGGUAUUAGUGGAGCUUCUGUUCCUUCCUCAGUUGAUGGAGGAGUUGCCCCACACCCAGUCUGCAACCUUGAUUGCGCUUUUGAGCAGGACCUCUGUGGUUUUACCCAGCUGAUGACAGGCGUUUUUGAUUGGACAAGGCACAGUGGCUCCACCCCCACUGCCAUGACUGGGCCAUCAGCUGACCACACAAAAGGAAGUCCAUUUGGUCACUACUUAUACAUCGAGGCCAACAGUGUGUCUGACGGAGACACGGCUCGCCUCCUCAGCUCUGAGUGUUCUGACCCCGGUCCUCAGUGUCUGCAGUUCUGGUACCACAUGUCUGGCUCGGCCGAGACCAUGGGUCUGCACGUCUACCUGCUCCAGGGCCGCUAUGUGGAUGGGGUGUGGGGGAAGAGGAACAACCAGGGAGACUCAUGGCAACGGGCUCAGGUGGAUCUGAUGACCACUGGACCUUUCCAGAUCUUCUUCGAGGGCCACAGAGGCACCACUGAUCAGUCCGACGUGACUAUAGAUGAUGUAUCUCUGCAUCGUGGGCGAUGUGCAGACUUGAUUAAGCCACCAACACCAACAGAGAAACCUGUUCUCCCUCCAGUGGACAAGUCCACCACUGCACCAGCUCCAACUACUACAAGACCUGAACCACCCACAACAACUAAGCUACAACCACCAACAACUGAUAGACCAGAAACACCAAGACCAACAACUGAAAGACCACAACCACCUAGACCAACAAAUGAAAGACGAAGACCACCUAGACCAACAACUGAAAGAUCACGACCACCUAGACCAACAACUGAUAGACCAGAAACACCAAGACCAACAACUGAAAGGUCAGAAACACCAAGACCAACAACUGCAAGACCAGAAACACCAAGACCAACAACUGCAAGACCAGAAACACCAAGACCAACAACUGAAAAAUCAGAAACACCAAGACCAACAACUGAAAGUAAAGAAACACCAAAACCAACAACUGCUAGACCAGAAACACCAAGACCAACAACUGAAAGAUCACGACCACCUAGACCAACCACUGCAAGACCAGAAACACCAAGACCAACAACUGAAAGUCCAGGAACACCAAGACCAACAACUGAAAGACCACAACCACCAAGACCAACAACUGCAAGACCAGAAACACCAAGACCAACAACUGUAAGACCAGAAACACCAAGACCAACAACUGAAAGACCAGAAACACCAAGACCAACAACUGAAAGACCACAACCACCAAGACCAACAACUGCAAGACCAGAAACACCAAAACCAACAACUGCAAGACCAGAAACACCAAAACCAACAACUGCUAGACCAGAAACACCAAGACCAACAACUGAAAGAUCACAACCACCUAGACCAACAACUGCAAGACCAGAAACACCAAGACCAACAACUGAAAGACCAGGAACACCAAGACCAACAACUGAAAGACCACAACCACCAAUACCAACAACUGAAAGACCAGAAACACCAAGACCAACAACUGCAAGACCAGAAACACCAAGACCAACAACUGAAAGACCAGAUACACCAAGACCAACAACUGCUAGACCAGAAACACCAAGACCAAGAACUGAAAGACCAGAAACACCAAGACCAACAACUGAAAGACCACAACCACCAAGACCAACAACUGCAAGACCAGAAACACCAAGACCAACAACUGCAAGAUCAGAAACACCAAGACCAAAGACCGCAAGACCAGAAACACCAAGACCAACAACUGCUAGACCAGAAACACCAAGACCAAGAACUGAAAGACCAGAAACACCAAGACCAACAACUGAAAGACCAGAAACACCAAGACCAACAACUGAAAGACCACAACCACCUAGACCAACAACUGAAAGACAAAGACCACCUAGACCAACAACUGAAAGACCAGGAACACCAAGACCACAACCACCAAGACCAACAACUGCAAGACCAGAAACACCAAGACCAACAACUGCAAGACCAGAAACAUCAAGACCAACAACUGAAAGACCAGAAACACCAAGACCAACAACUGACAGACCACAACCACCAAGACCAACAACUGAAAGACCAGAAACACCAAAACCAACAACUGCUAGACCAGAAACACCAAGACCAACAACUGAAAGAUCACGACCACCUAGACCAACAACUGCAAGACCAGAAACACCAAGACCAACAACUGCAAGAUCAGAAACACCAAGACCAAAAACUGCAAGACCAGAAACAUCAAGACCAACAACUGCUAGACCAGAAACACCAAGACCAAGAACUGAAAGACCAGAAACACCAAGACCAAGAACUGCAAGACCAGAAACACCAAGACCAACAACUGAAAGACCACAACCACCUAGACCAACAAAUGAAAGACUACGACCACUAAGACCAACAACUGAAAGACUACGACCACCAAGACCAACAACUGAAAGACCAAGACCACCUAGACCAACAACAGAAAGACCACAAACCCUACAAUCAACAACUGAAAGACCACCAAGACCAACAAAUGCAAGACCACAACCGCCCACCACAGCAAGACCAACGCCAUCUUGCCUAAAGAACAGCCAUUACAUCUCCUGCAUCUCCGCCUGCCAGCCCACCUGUAAGCACCUCCACGGCCCUCCUGACUGCCGUGCUGACGAGCCCUGUGUACAGGGUUGUGUAUGUGACGACGGCUUUGUUCUCAAACAGAGGGUGUGUGUGCCCAUCCAGCAGUGUGGCUGUGUAGGCAGCAAUGGCAACAGUCAUAAUUUUAAAGAGAACUGGUACACUGAGCACUGCCAUCAAAAGUGUGAGUGUGAUGAAGGCGACGGUGUGGGGGAGAUUGACUGCGACGAUGAAAAUGGGUGUGAUGAGGAUACCGUCUGUUUUCAGAAUGAAGCCGGACAGUAUUUCUGCAAGUCAACAGACUUCAGCGAGUGCUCUAUCAAUGGAGAGCCAGAGUACAGAACUUUUGACAACAUGAAGCGUGACUUUGACAGCAGAAACUCCUACAUUCUGGUCCAGACCACAGGCCUGUCCAAGAACCAGCAAGACGUCUACAUCGAGGCCGUCAUUGAGAUCGUCAACCAGGAUGGUGUGGACAGUCACGGGGACAGUAGACAUGGUGGCAGUCGUCAUGGUAACAGCAAGGAUGAGGACAAGCAUAAAGACAGCAAGGAAAGGGACAGCAAUGAAGACAGCCAUGAUCACAGCAAAGAGAACGACAACCGUCUGCGAUUCAGAGGACUGAAGAUCAGAGUCUAUAACCACACAGUGGAGUUCAGAAACAACAGGAAACUUGUUCUGGACGGUAGGAGCACCCGUGCCCCUGUCUCACCAGCAGGUGGACUGAGGAUUCUGGAGCGUUCCUCUCGUAUCUACCUGAAGACAGACUUUGGCCUCUCCGUGGAGUUUGAUGGAGACAGCAGAGCAGAGAUCAUCCUGCCCCACACCUACAAGAGGAGGGUAGGCGGCCUGUGUGGCAACUUUGAUGGCAACAAGAAGAACGAUAUGAUGAAGCCCGACAGUAACCAGGCCAAGAGCAUCAAGGAGUUCAGAGAGAGCUAGAGAGUGACAGAGGGCAGACUGAACAUAACAUGGAAAGGAUCAUCUUCCCUUCGUAACGUUGUCUAUGGCCAGUGACCUGACCUCCAUGCAUCAAGACCAUUGAUUGUGUAAUAUUCUUCUCAUAGGCAGACACUUUCCUUCCUACAAUGGACACAGCGUAUUUGAAAGUACUUGGGUUAAACAAAAAAAAGCUUGGGUUUUUGUGGACUGUAUGGAGAGGAGAUCAAUGAAGUAUUCUACUUCUUCUAUAUGACUGUUGGUUUAAAUCCUGUCGUUACUGUGGCUUAUGGCCCAAAUGUCUUCUGAGAUCCCUUUCAGUCUUACUGUAGGGUCUUUGCACAGUUCACCUAGUGUAUGAAUCAAUGUACACAAGUUACAUAUUUGUGUAUUACUGCUAACGUGUGCUAUAUAUUCAAAAGCCCACAUUCCUUUAGCUUUAGGCUGAUGUCCAAUAGUUCAGUGACUGUAAUGUGCAAUAUUACUGUACGAUAAUAGAAAACGAUGUAAACAAAGGAUGCAAGUGUUUUAGCUGAUGUUUUAUCCCACUGAAUGUAUGUUUUAUUUCUUGAAUUAUAUUGCUAGGAAUGAUAGGAAUUUUAUGAGAUCUUAUAAAUAAUAAAAAAUGAUUCACACUGCA